AUGGCUUAUAGAGGAGUUAGUGCUUGUUGGCGAGAAGCAGCAGUUAAAGAUACCUUUGCCAAUUCCUGUUCUGGGAUUCUGUUGCUUAUGCUUGCAGAUAAAGGACAAGAAGAAGGCAACAGUAGUGACGAACGCGAAUUUUACAGCUUGCCCAAAAGAAAGAUCGCCAUGAGAUUAUCACUCCCGGAGGCAAACGGCAGAGUUUGGACUUGUGACAAUUUAGCAUGUGAUGAUAGCAAGGUUGCCACCGUUCUGUUUGAAACUGAUCGGAUGCUGUUUGGGGAUAGUCAAGCAUAUUUUGUGGAAUCGUCAAAGGGCGAAUUGCUAGUUAUUGCGCGGGAUGGUAUUUCCUUGGAUGACGAUUAUAGCUAUGGGGCUACUCAUUUUGCAGUCAUUCGAUUGGACGUCAUGAAACGUGAUUCUUACUAG